CACAUUUAAACAGGAUAAGGCAGAUACAGUCAAGAGCUGACAGGAAGAGGAAGCAUUUUUACAUCCUGCAUUUCAGCAUGGACUUUGACUACAAAAAGAUUAAAGAUGCUGAAUCUCGACAGAGAGACGAGCGAUUGAAGUGUCUUCCAGUCCAUCAACCAAGAACAAUGCCCCAUCCAUCUCUUGCUCCAGAGCAACCUGCAAUAAAGAAACCUCCAGUUAAACCCCGGCGCAGCAUAAAGGGUCGCCCAACGCCACAGCAAGAGACUGAGCAAUUAAAUAACCAGGGCCAGCAGAAGGAAAAUGAGAUGACAGUGAAGCGAAUGGCUCCUUCUCUUGUUUUGGGCCCUGUGGGGCCCCUGGAGCCCCUGACUCCAUCUCUGCGUGCUCACACACUUCUGUGGUUUGAAAGAACACAGCUGCCUCGACUGCAAACACCCGGACACCCUCUUCCCUGCUGGCUCCAUGGUUUCGCUACACGCAGGGAAGCAGAGCAGCUAUUGCAGGAUAAGCCACAAGGCUGUUUCCUGUUGAGGCUAAGUGAAUCCAAGAUUGGCUUUGUGCUCUCUUACAGAGGAGAGGAUAGGUGUCGUCACUUCAUCAUUGAAGAGGAGAGUGGAGCAUCUGGUAGUGUGUAUCUCAUUGCUGGAGAAAACAGCCACCAUCGAAGCCUGGAAGACCUAAUCAACUAUUAUACUUAUAAUCCUGUGGGGCCCUAUAAUGAGAUGUUGACCAUGCCUUGUGUGCAGCAUAAUGGUGGCUAUGAAGAAAUUGAAGUGAAGGACAGGGAAGCAGAAUUGGGAGUGAAGGACAGGGAAGCAGAAGGAAAUGGAAAAGAGAUAAAUCAAGACGCACAAACCAGACUACCCAUGGCCACGGGUCAGGCUGUUCUAGAUCCAUUACCAUCAAACUCCUCCAAUCAGAUCACCUCUGCUAGAGAAGAGUGUGUGCAGUAUGCAGCAGUGAGGAAACCACUAAAAAAGACUUACUCGCUGCCAGAGUGCAAGUGUGGACCUGACACAGCACCUCCUAGCCUAGAAAAUGGCAAUUCUGAACUUGUUGAACGACCCAUCAAUCUGAGUUUAACAGGGGAUCAAGCUCCAACCAUAGAUGUCCCAUAUGCCCGAGUCAACAAACCACCCAGAGCUGUGUCAGAAAAUAUCCCCAACGUCAAUGACCAUUCUGACCUUCAAAGGGCAACAGCAUCAUCUACCCCUCCAACUUUCCCAAGCUUUGACAUGACAGCAGCAGAUCAGAAAUAUUGGAAGCUGGAGCCCAUGCACACUUAUGAGGAGACUCCACAUACAUGCAGUCGUACUGAGGAGAUUGACUGUUAUGCUGUGGUUUGGAAAAGGCAGGCGGCAGGGGAUGCAGCAGAUCAACCAAAACAUCAUCUAUAUUCAGAGGUGAACAUAAGGGGUGCCCAAGAUGGCCAUUCUGUAUCACCAAGACCCAGACAUAUCCUUCCUCUUCGGCCACCUCCAAGACCUGCACUUGGUCCUUUAAGACCAGAGAGUGCUGGGCAGAGUUCUGGCGUGUCCCCAUUGAUGGUUCAGCCGCAACACUCUGGUUUCCAGCAUUCAGAGCAUGCACCUCUGCAGAUUUCCUCCAGCUCUAUUUACGAGCAGAUUCCAGCAAGACCAACCAGCUCUAGACCAAAUCAGCACCCACCCAACCCAAAACGCUGACCUCAAGAUUGUUUACACCCCUCAAAUCCCAAAAUUAAAGAAGCGUUAAAAUUAAUAAGCAGUCAGCACCAUGAAUGUGAAUGAUUGCAGGCUUGUAAAUAUUGAUCCCCCCAUGGAAUAGUCGUAGGCAUCAGCUUCAAGGGGUCAUCUAUUUAAAUUAAUCCUGAAAACAUAUGUUCUUAUAAAAUCCUUCACAGCAGAGACAUAAUUACACUGCAAAUAAAUGUUUGACAUUAGCCAACCAAUGGUUAUUGUUUUUUGCUUUAUCACCCUACUGCCAUCCCAGAUGUGUAGGACUUUCUUUCUUCUGCUGAACACAAAGACUUUUAGAUGAAUAUCUCAGCUCUGUUGGUCCUUACAAUGCAAGUGAAUAAUGAUCAUACCUUUGAAGCUAUAAAAAUCCCAUAAAGGCAGCAUAAAAGUAAUCC